CGACGUUCGCCCAGUGUGGUUUUUAAGCGGGCGGAGGCUGAACGUGUGUCCUUCCAUUACCAUUAUCGUUGUCACAAAAAAGUAAUAAUAUAAUUCGCGCCGCUUUCAUUUAAAUUUGGAAUAGUGAUUUGAAUUUUGUAAUGGAACGUGUUUUGUUUGUUUUAGAAUUUUAUUUAUUUUGAAGAUAACUAUGCGCGCCAUUUAAAAAGUUUGUGUUUUUAGAAAAAUACGUAAUUAAAUAGUGGUGCUGAACAUUUUGGAAUGAAAACAUGUCUACGUUGCUGAAGAACGUUACCAAUUGCAUUUGGCAUGCUUUCGACUCGUUGCAAAAUAAAGAUCUGGUGCACAAGUCCAAGUUAAAGGUGCUGACAGCUAACAUUGGAACUCUUCUAGACCUGUAUGGAGUAGAGAAGGGGCUGGACCACUUCAAAUCCUCACAGGAACUGACCUUCGAUGAAUUCCGCUACUAUCUGCAGCAUGAGGUGUUUAGCUCACUGCCGAAGACUACCACGCUGCCCAUCGUUAGGGAAUAUGAGAAGAAAAUCAGUGAGGUGUGCUGGCUAGUCUGCCGCAAGAGUCUACUCGGCCGAGAUAAGAGCGUGUUCAGUGAUGACUCCGUUUUCAAACUCUUCAGGAUCUUCUGCUUGCUGGGAGACCUCGUGCAAGAUGCAGAUGACGCCAAUCAUUAUGUCGUGGUGCUCCAACCUUCAGAAGCAGGUCUCGUAGCUGAACAACUAGUCCACUGCCUUGGAGUCCGCUGGGAUACUGCAGACUGGGAAGCCCUAGGCUCCUCAAUAGGCCACUUCAAGUGGGCCGCAUUCCUUGCCGUCUUAGAAGCUAAAUACUGCGGAGACCAGCAACUACAUUCAGAGGCUCUAGUCGAAGCCGUCGAUGAGAUAUACGAUGUAUUUAUUGAAGAUAUUAUUAAGAAGGGUUAUCUCUUCAAGCGAGGCUACCUCCUGCCCACCAUGCGUGAGUACUGGUGCGUGCUACAGCCUUGUGCCCUCACCUACUACAAGAGCUCCUCUCAGAAGGAACAGUGCGGUCGUGUCGUCAUUGACGAGUACUGCUCCGUGGAGGCAGCUGCGGGAGAAGGCAAGAUACAGCGGUUCCAGCUCAUCACGCCUGAUAGAACGUUUGAGUUUGGCACUCAGGAUCACAAGAGUCGUCUACAAUGGAUAUCAGCAUUACGUCAGGCAGCAGCCGUAUCAGGCGGUGUAGAAGGCUACCAGCGCCGCGCUCGAGCCAUCAGACGCGGUGCUGGAGCCAGGCGGGAGAGAGAAGUGCGCGAGACGAGAGCGAGACUGCAGCAUGAGGUCAAAGCUAGGCUCGCUGCUGAAGCACAAGCACAGGAAUUGGUGGAAUUAGCACAACAAGACAACAAAAAGCUAGAAGAAUUGAAACACGCACAAGUUGAACUAGAGAAACUAUUACAAGAGGAAACACAAGCUAAGAGGGAUGAAGAAAUUGUUAGAGCAUUACAAGCUAGGGUAUUAGCGGAAGAAUGGGAGAGGCGAGAAGAAUUGGAAAGACUUCAAGAAGAACAGAACAAAAUGCUUGAGGAGGAGCGAUUAAAACGACAACAAUUUGAAAUGUUACAGGCUCAAAAAGAAACACAGUAUAAAGAAGCAGAAAAACGUCUAAAAGAGCUAGAAGAAGAGAAACAACGGCUGGACGCUGAACUCAAAGCAGCUCAAGAUAAAAUCUCUAAGACUGAACUCACAGCUAAUGCAUUGCAAGUACAACUAAGAGAUCUGAAUCCAGUACUUCGCAAUGGUGAAAGGGCACGACGGGCGCUAUCCUUCAUCCCGACCACCAAGAGUUCUUCCGACACCCUCAUCGACGUGAGAGCCAUACGGCAUCUGAAGAUCCUCGAUGAUGAAGAGAAAUUAUGAUCUGAUAAGGAGUCUACCAAAUAAAAUUGUGCAGCAUGAC